AUGGGGAUUAUGCGGAUAGCUGAUCGCAUGAUUCGUCGCCCUGAACCGAUUCGAGUUUGGACAUACACGCAAUCAGGCCUCCCAUCGCAGAUGAUCGUGCUCGAGGAUGAGGCUCCAGCGCCGUCAGCAGCGGAGCUCGGGCCCAAAGAAGUGCUGGUCUCGCUCAACUACGUUGCGAUGAACUCAGGUUUCACGACGAUGAUGCGCUCCCUGCCGCCGCAGCCCUACUCACUUCCCCAUAGCUACAACCGUCAGAAGCGAUUGGGCACCCCCGAGUUCGAAUUCUCUGGGCGCAUCCUCGCAGAAAAGGCGCGCUCGGCGAGCGCGCGAUUGCUCCAGCUGACCAGUUCAUCCCCCUGUACCCUCUUCAAGAAGAUGGAACGCCUGGCCCUGCACCACUGUGCAGGCCAUCGACCUGACCAAGCUCAUCCCCGGCGACAAGCUCUUCGUCAACGGUGGCAGCACCAGCGUGGACAUGCUGAUAUCCAAGUCGCGCGCCACGUUCUAGGUCCCACCGGGACGAUCAUCGCGGCCGCGACCGACAGCGCUCUCGUGAACCCCGUUGGCGCGGACGAGGUCAUCAACCACCGCGCCAACGACCCCCUGCAUGAGUAUCUCCGUGCUCACCAUGCGGAGCAACCCUUAGAUGCGAUCAUCGACUGCGUUGGGGUGAAGGACCUGUACGUGCACUGCGAGCCGUAUCUCCGUGAAGGAAAACCGUUCAUCAACCUCGGAGCCAUGACCGCUAAGCCUACGCUCUGGGGCUGUUAUCGUUCGUUUGGAAUCACCAUAUGGUACCCCUAUGGCCUGUUGCCCUUGGGGGUGAUGAGGUUGGUGGAGAGGAGAGAGAUGCGCAUGGGGCUGGACUCGGUCUGGGAAAUGCAGGAUGCGCCUAAGGCGUAUGAGCGGAUGGAGAGUAAGAGGGCGAAGUAUUUGGACCAGUUUGUGAUGGGUGAGGAGAAGACAAUUGCGUACUGUGAUCCCGAGGUACCUGAGUCGUGCCUCAAAGCAGUGGAAGACCUCGAGCGGUACAUCGCGGCCGAGCGUUCCUAUGACGGCGUGAUGGGGUUCAGUCAAGGCGCCAACGUCGCCCUGAGCUGGUUGAUGAAGCUGCAGCACGAGAGCAAGGGUAGUGAAGCGCGUCCCUUACCCUUCAAAGUCGGGAUCUCUUCUCCAAUCCCUGGGCUCGCAUAUCUGGGGCUCAGCCGACAAACUUGCGCAGCUGGCUGA